AGAGGCGGGCGGGCGGGCGAGCGGCGUUCUGGAAGGCGGGCGAGGCCGAGGCGGCCCAGCGGAGCGGGGAGCGGAGCGGAGCAGGCCGGCCAGCGACUCCGGCCGCCGAGCCGCCCUCCCUGCGGGACAAAGAGGGCCUCCCUGGGCUCGGCCCGGCUGGAGGGAGGGAGGCCGCUGGGGAAGAGGCCUAUAGAAAAGCUGGCCGAAGCCAUGCGUGUCAACGUCAAGUCUCCUCGCUAGGACCUCCGGGGCACUGCUGACGAUCUCGGAGACCUGCGCGCAGGGAAGGAGAGGCAGCCGCGUACCAUCCCUGUCCCCCUUUGGGGGGAAGGGAAGGAGAAAGAAGUAGCGGGCAAUGGAGCCUCUGACUCGCCCAGUUGGGGAUAUAAUGCGGCGGAACCCUCAGCAAGACUACGAGCUGGUGCAGAGAGUGGGAAGCGGCACGUACGGAGACGUCUACAAGGCCAGAAACGUGCACACGGGAGAGUUGGCUGCAGUAAAAAUUAUUAAGCUGGAACCAGGAGAUGACUUUUCAUUGAUACAGCAAGAAAUCUACAUGGUUAAAGAAUGCAAACACUGUAACAUUGUGGCUUACUUUGGAAGCUAUCUCAGCCGUGAGAAGUUGUGGAUAUGUAUGGAAUACUGUGGAGGAGGAUCCCUUCAGGACAUUUAUCACGUCACAGGCCCACUGUCAGAGCUGCAGAUUGCUUAUGUAUGCAGAGAGACUUUACAGGGGCUUGCUUAUUUGCACAUGAAAGGCAAAAUGCAUAGGGACAUUAAGGGUGCAAAUAUUCUGUUAACAGACCACGGGGACAUCAAGUUAGCUGACUUCGGCGUUGCGGCAAAAAUAACAGCCACCAUUGCAAAGAGGAAAUCGUUCAUUGGCACCCCUUACUGGAUGGCCCCCGAAGUGGCAGCUGUAGAGAAGAAUGGUGGCUACAACCAGCUCUGUGACAUCUGGGCCGUGGGCAUAACAGCCAUUGAACUGGGGGAACUGCAGCCCCCCAUGUUUGACCUUCAUCCCAUGAGGGCCCUCUUUCUAAUGUCCAAAAGCAACUUUCAGCCUCCAAAACUAAAGGAGAAAACAAAAUGGUCAUCAACAUUCCAUAAUUUUGUCAAAGUAGCACUUACAAAAAAUCCAAAGAAGAGGCCCACAGCAGAGAGACUUCUUACUCAUAGCUUUGUCGGUCAGCCUGGUCUGACUCGAACUCUGGCCACUGAACUGUUAGACAAAGUGAACAAUCCUGACAGUCACCCCCACUACAGCGAGGCUGACGAUGACGACUUCGAGCCUCACCCAGUUAUUCGGCCAACCAUCCGCUCCACCAACCGCAACGUCAGAGCAGAAAGGACGGCAUCCGAAAUAAACUUUGACAAGUUGCAAUUUGAACCACCUUUAAGAAAAGAGACGGAAGCGAGGGACGAAAUGGUCGUAGCUGCUGGAGCUCACUUUGCGUCCCACUGGAAUCCUUUUGUUGACUGUGGAAGUAGCGCUAAGGCCCUUCCUACCAAAUUUGGCGAUGGCCACGAAGAUGCCGAGGAAUCAACACUGAAACGAGCGGGACCCCCUCCUCUCCCUCCGAAGCCCAGGCUCAGUAUUUACCAGGAAGAAAGCCUCGCGGACGACGAGAAGAGCCAGACGAUCAAAUAUUGCCCCGACUCCCACCAUCCAGCGCCACCGGCUCACAGGAGGCAAAGCAUCCCCGUGUGUGGGCCGCAGCUGGAGCCCCCCCUGAUCGGCAUGACCAGUAGCGUCAGCAGCCCUGGCUUGCUCACUGCCAGAUACAGCGACAUGGGGAAUGGCGAUAGCGUGCCAAAACUCGCCGAGGAAAAUGCGGACGCUUUGGGACAAGUGCCACAACUGCCACGUAAAAAGGAGAAGCGAGAUUAUCCGAAACCAGCUAUCAACGGCCUGCCGCCGACGCCAAAGGUGCUGAUGGGAGCGUGCUUCUCCAAAGUGUUCGACGGCUGCCCUUUGAAGAUCAACUGUGCCACCUCAUGGAUACAUCCAGACACGAAAGAUCAGUAUAUUAUCUUUGGAACCGAAGAGGGCAUUUAUACGUUGAACCUCAACGAGCUUCACGAAGCUACCAUGGAACAGCUGUUUCCACGGAGGUGUACGUGGCUGUAUGUGAUCAACAAUACCUUGAUGUCACUCUCAGGGAAAACAUUCCAGCUCUACUCCCACAACCUAAUAGCUUUGUUUGAGCAAGCCAAGAAAACAGGACUAGCGGCUCACAUUCAGACCCAUCGUUUCCCUGACAGAAUAUUACCCAGGAAGUUUGCCUUAACCACCAAGAUCCCGGAUACGAAAGGGUGCCAUAAAUGUUGCAUAGUAAGAAACCCAUACACCGGCCAUAAAUACCUCUGUGGAGCAUUACAGUCAGGAAUCGUUUUGCUUCAGUGGUAUGAACCCAUGCAAAAAUUCAUGUUAAUAAAGCACUUUGAUUUUCCUUUGCCAAGCCCCUUGAACGUGUUUGAAAUGCUGGUGAUCCCAGAACAGGAAUACCCCAUGGUGUGCGUUGCGAUCAGCAAGGGGGCCGACCCGAACCAAGUCGUUCAGUUUGAGACGAUCAACUUGAAUUCGGCUUCUUCGUGGUUUACAGAAAUAGGCGCAGGCUGCCAGCAGCUGGAUGCCAUCCACGUCACGCAGCUGGAGAGAGACACCGUCCUCGUGUGCUUGGACAGAUUUGUGAAAAUUGUGAAUCUGCAAGGAAAACUGAAGUCAAGCAAGAAGCUGGCCUCCGAGCUCAGUUUUGAUUUCCGCAUCGUAUCUGUAGUGUGCCUUCAAGACAGCGUGUUGGCCUUUUGGAAGCACGGGAUGCAGGGCAAAAGCUUUAAGUCCGAUGAAGUCACCCAGGAGAUCUCGGAUGAAACCAGGGUGUUCCGCUUACUGGGCUCAGACAGGGUGGUCGUGCUGGAAAGCAGGCCGACGGACAACCCAACUGCACACAGCAAUCUCUACAUUUUGGCAGGCCAUGAGAACAGUUACUAGGCAACCGUAACCCGACUCGGAGAGCCAGCCAAGGAAUACGUCGCAUAAGGAAACAGCCUUCAAGGAAACUCUGUACAGACCGGACUCUGGGACAACUCCCCCCCCCCCCCCCCGCCGCCUACUUUUUUCUGUGUCGAUAUGCAAAAGGACCCGAUCCGUUAGGAACCAGAGCCAAACUUGUGUGCGUCUCACAGCUGGAAAUACAGCUGUUCGUGCCACUUGCCACUAUGUGGUUGGUUAUGUCAAGUUCGCUUAAUAAAAGCUAUGAAAUGAUUAGCCCUUUUUGUUUGCUAGGUGUGCGGAAGACCCAACGCAGUAAAGGUGCCAUAUAAUUUCUCCAUGCUCUGGUCAAAAAGGCUGGGCCUCCCGUUCUUCCGUUUUUCUGACAUGGCAACGCGUCUUCUUUAUGCAAGCGGUGUGUGUCAAAGUCAGAAGAAUGGGGAGAUGUUUCGGGGGCAUGACCCCCGGGAACGUCUCCUGCGCAUGCCCCACAAAUAUCCCCAUUUCAAGGGGUCGAGUGACUUUUCCAGUAUGGUGUUUUUGAUUUAUUUUAAAAAAUGUAACUAUUCCUCUGUGGGUUUGUAAAAUAGACUAUUUAAUCCUUAUUUAUUAAUCUGCUGCUAGGGUGGUGUGUCGUAUCUUAACUUUUAGCAGAGGAAGGUUGCAGAGCAGCAUCUGGUUGGGGUGGGGGGGCUUUUAUUUUUUACAAUUGUACAAAGAUCCAGGCAUUCAUUUGUCUUCCUCUUAGAUGUAAGCACAGUGUCUAAGGGAAGCGUUCGUAUAUGGAGGAAGGGACAGGUGGGUUGUUGGCUGUUCCGGUAUCAAUGCAGUUUUGUACAAGAGUAAUUUGUAUGGGUUCUGCCCAAGGAACUGGCCAUAAGGAUGCUUGGUAUUUACUGAAACAAUUAAGAGGAGUUAGCCGUGUUAGUCUGCAGUUGCAAAACAGUAGAGUCCUGUAGCACCUCUAAGACGAACCAACUUUAUUAUGGCAUAAGCUUUCGAGAAUCACAGUUCUCUUCAUCAGAUGCCGUAAGCUUUCGAGAACUACUGUUCUCUUCAUCAGAAACAACUUUAUUGUGGCAUAAGCUUUCGAGAACCACAGCUCUCUUCGUCAGAUGCAUCUGACGAAGAGAGCUGUGGUUCUCGAAAGCUUAUGCCACAAUAAAGUUGGUUCGUCUUAAAGGUGCUACUGGACUCUUUGCUAUUUUGAAACAAUUACGGAAAUGCAAGCAAGCUCUUAAUAAAGAAUCAGGAAAUUUUCUUGGGGUCUGGAUAGAAAUGGUAGAUACAUAGAACCUUCUCGUCUCAGAAGCUGCUGUGGGAAAAGAGGUGAAAGGCUUGUCUUGCUGGAUCUUGGGGCUUCCUGAUGCACUGCAUUCCAGAUGUGGCGGCUAUCAUGUGGCGGCCUCUCCCGGUCACGGUCCAUACACAAAAGCUGGCAGGCACGCGUGAGACCGCCAGAGUGCUCACCGUGAGAUUUGGCCUGCUGGAAAAGGGGUCAAAAGUUGUUCCUUUUCUUGGAACACAACCUCACACACACACACUGUGGUGCCAACCCAGGAACUUCAGAAGCCGCCAACAGGACAAGUCUUUUGAAAGCGUGGUGUCCAGGAAUCUGCUUUAAGAAGUUUUAAGAUGCUGCUUUGACCUUCUUCAUGGACACGUAUUUUAUUUAUACUGUACCAGAGGGGAGCCGGAGAAAGGACAGAGCCUGUGUUUUCCCCAUUCUGGGCUGUUUCCCAGCGGUAUGGUAUAAAUAUAUCUAUACGAUGCAGUAUUGUCUAAUAAAAGAUGGGGAAUCUCCUUUAGCCCACUCUCGAGCCUGUCAUUCGUGUCUCUCCUUUUUUGUUUCCCCCCCAUUAAAGUAUCCCUUUGCCUCUGA